GGCUUCAUCUCUAUGCUGCUUUGGGUGGUGUUUUUCAUUUCUUCUAUUUGAGCAGAAAAUAGAACAUCAAUCUAAUCGGGACUAUUGCUCAAUUUGACUACCUAAGGCUGGAGGAGGAAAAACACACAUUUGUGUUUGGGAUCCACAGUGAGGAGCUGAGCGAUAGAAAGGUUCUCGGCCAUCCAGGGUACGAUCACAGACAACUUUCAGUCAUUUCAUUGAGAGAAAAUAAGUACUAGAGGAGAUGAGUGUCUGAUGUAUCAUUUGUCCAGCGGGUUUCUGUAAACAGAAUGAAGAUUUCAAAUUGCUUUUUUGAAUCGUGACCCCCUGCCCUGUUUUCUGAGGAAAUAAAAGCAGAAGCAUUAAGGCCUCCUGCUGGAAAUUCAAAGUGUCAGUGAAGCCAGGGCGCAACGGUUAUUUAGAGGUAAUCUCUGACUUCACAGGAAUAACACUGAGCCAUCCAGAAUAACCAAGAUUGGGUUGAUUAAAUCGAUGAAGCUUUGGUAUCUUUAAAGUGUUUUCAAUUCUCCAAAGGGAGACGAAAGGAGAAAUACCAGAUGAUGAUCUUCAAACAGCUUUAAUUUCUAGUCACCUUAAAAGCGGGUGCCCUGCGGAACUCUCCUACAGUUUUCAGGUCGCAUGGGAGAAAUGAGGAUGAGCCAUAACUUCACCCACGCCCCAGGAAAUGGCAGCAGUAUCUGCAGCAGAAAUUACAAAAUCACCCAAGUUCUCUUCCCUGUGCUCUACACCGUUCUGUUUUUCGUAGGCAUCAUCAUGAACAGCCUCGCCAUGCGGAUUUUCUUUCAAAUCCCCAGUAAGUCUAACUUCAUCAUUUUUCUCAAGAACACAGUCAUUUCAGACCUCUUCAUGAUCCUGACCUUCCCCUUCAAAAUCCUGAGCGACGCCAAACUGGGCCCAGGGCCCCUGAGAACGUUUGUCUGCCAGGUAACCUCCGUGAUAUUUUACUUCACGAUGUACAUCAGCAUUUCAUUCCUUGGCUUGAUCACCAUUGAUCGUUACCAGAAAACCACCAGACCAUUCAAAGCGGCGGGCCUCAACAACCUGCUGGGGACCAAGAUUCUCUCUGCCGUCAUCUGGGUAUUCAUGUUUCUUCUUUCCCUGCCGAACAUGAUUCUGACCAACAACAAGCCACUCCGGGCAAAUGUGAAGAAAUGUUCCUUCCUCAAGUCGGAGUUUGGGUUAGUGUGGCAUGAGAUCGUCAAUUAUGUCUGCCAGGUCAUCUUCUGGAUCAAUCUGGUUAUCAUAAUUGUCUGUUACAUUCUCAUCACAAAAGAGUUGUACAGGUCCUACGUCAGGACCAGGGGGGUGGGGAAAGUGCCCAGGAAAACCGUCAACAUGAAAGUGUUCAUUGUGAUUGCUGUGUUCUUCACUUGCUUUGUGCCAUUCCAUUUCGCCCGAAUCCCCUACACCCUCAGCCAAACCAGAGAUGAUGUUUUUGAUUGCUCUGCUGAGAACACCUUAUUUUAUAUUAAAGAGAGCACUUUAUGGCUCACGUCCUUAAAUGCUUGUUUAGACCCAUUCAUAUAUUUUUUCCUUUGCAAGUCCUUUAGAAAUUCCUUGAAGGCUAUGUUGAAGCGCCCAAAUGAUUUGACAUUUUCCCACGAGGAGAUGAAGAAUAAAAGACAAGAGAGCAGCACCCCGAGUGAAGAGACUCCUAUAUAGAAUUAAGAGAAUUACAGAGGUACUUCUAUCUGUCUUUCUCUGAAUCCUUGGAGAAAGACAUUCUAUGAAUACUGCUGUCAGAAUUCACUGGGAAGCUGACUUAAACAUUCCAUCUGUUAGGAAAAAUUAAGAACAAAUGGAAAAUAAUAACUUUUUAAGCUAUACAUUUUGAGAAUUUAAGAUACUUAACAUGUAGGGAAAGUACAUUAGAGUUGGUA